AUGUACAUUCCAGUCUUAUUUUGUGUUCUAUUUAUGUGGGCAAUAUUGCAUGUUCAUGGAGAUAAAUAUGAACGAAUUUGUCCUGGCUUCGGUUUUAUCAUACCAAAUGGUCCAUGUAAUGAUACGUGUGUAAAUGAUACUGAUUGUGUCAAAUAUUUGAAAUGCUGCUACAGUCCAGCAGUUACACCAUGUGGGUACCAUUGUGUUCCUCCUAAAAUUAAUAUACCAAAAAAAGGCAAAUGCCCAACAAAUAGCACUCAUCCAUUAUGGUAUUUGUGUGAUGUACAUUUCUGCGAUGUAGAUCAUGAAUGUAAAAAAUCAUGUACGGCAAAAUGCUGUCCAAAUGUGUGUGGUAGUCUUAUUUGCGUUGAACCAGCUAAAUAG